AAGUUCGCAAACUAAAGCGCGCGGAAAUCAAACACCUUCCAAAGAAGAAGAAGAAAUCUAACAGAGGAUCUCUCCGAUCUCUGACCAAAGCCGAGAAUAUAAACAUGGAGCCUGAAAUUAACAAUAAAACUGCUACAGUUGCUAGUUAUAUAGAUGGAAGUGUCCGUUUUGCCCAAGUUACCGCUGUUGCUACUGGGUGGAUGUUGGAUUUUAUGUUUGUAAGUCUGUGUCGACGUUUCAAGGAAGGCAAAUUUGAUGAAUUCAAUGAAGCACUUUUGACUUUACAGGCCAUUUCUCAGACUCCAUCUCUGAAAGGAGACCUUCAUGAUGAGAAAACAAUGAUAUGUGCCUUCCUUGCAAGAGUCAUGCAUGGAAAGCAAUUGGAUGUUCUAUUUGAAGAGGAUGACGAUGUAAUGCCUUUGAUGUCUGCUGCCAAAAUAUGGUCAAACCUAGAGCACACUGUGGCAGACGAAAGUUUGUUCACAACCAUCACCAUUCUUUUGCUUGUCCAGUCUGUGGCUGUGUGCUUGGAGAAAGGCAAACUAUCUUCUGCCUCCUCUGUCCUGAAGUGGUUGGAUAAUAACAAUGAAUUCCCACAGAAAGUGAGAGUUAAGCUGUCGACAAUAGUGACACGCAGGGAAACCUACCACCCUUUCCUCAUGAGCUUCAGCUUCAGCCGCCUGCUGGAGACAAUACAAACUUACUUGGAUGCCUACUUGGAGAAGAAUCCCUCAGACUACCUACUCAAGGCAGCUGAAAUGAUGGUGCAGUCCCAGAACAUUGAGGGUUUGGAGGACGUGGUGACACAGGACAGCUCUCUCUCAGAAGAAGCCAACAAAUCAACCGAGGGUCGAAAGAAAAAGAAGAACACAGUAUGUUUAAGGACAAAACGGAAACUACUGUCGACUAAAAUUACGGAUGCAUGGAAACCUGAUACAUGCAAGAAGGCUUUUGUCUCACUCAGAAGAAUCUCCAAGAAUGAGUUAUCUCAGAUGACAUCUCGCAAGUCAACAGACACCUCGAAGAUCACAAAAACAAGAAAACCACCACAGAAAUGGACAUCCCAGCUGGACAAAUACCUCAAGGAUGGAGUUAAACACCACGGCCAGGGGAAGUGGUCUCGCAUAUUACUGGAUUAUGACUUUGAAGGACGCACUGGCACAAUGCUCAAAGACCGCUGGAGAGUUCUAAUGAAGGCAGAUAAAGUAGGCUGAAGACGGAGAGUUUAAAAUAUGGACUUAACUCUUAUCAGCCCGUAGCUUAACCCUUGUGUUGACUUUGGGUCAACUUGACCUGUUUUCAAUUUUUGUUUUAUAUCAUAAAAUAUGAGACGU